GUCGCCUUCAAAUCCCGGCGAUACAUGGUACCUGCCCCUCAGUCUGAAGCAUACUGGGGGAAAUCUUUCACAUCCAUCCAUGUGAAAUCAUGCGGCCAUGCUCAGGAAACCCAACAUCCUUUGCUGUGGUGGACUGCAGUUACUGAACUCGCCAUGCCCCUCAUCGCCAUGGUCUCGUGCUCUCCCCUCACAAUCUCACCCUGCUGCCAGGCGCUACGCCACAGCUUCUGAUUCUUCAGUCAAGGAUCUAUCAUGGCCGGCAAAUCCCAUAUUCACACCCUAUGAGCUAUUCAAACAAGAUCGGACCGCGCCCUAUUCGAAGACACGUUACUAUGAAAUGGUUAAAGUCUACCACCCGGAUCGCCCAUGUACCGGACAUCCAUCAUGCAGAGAUAUCACUCCUGAAGUGAGGCUUCAGCGAUAUCAUCUCUUAGUAGCCGCCCAUGAAAUCCUUUCCGAUCCAAGCAGACGGGCAGCUUAUGACCGGCAUGGCACCGGGUGGAACCUGCACCCUUCAGUUGAUGGUACUCCGACACCGUCUUGGGCGAAAACGGGUUCGAGUGACUACGGUCCGAUAUACGCGAACGCAACCUGGGAAGACUGGGAGAGGUGGCACAAUCGCCAUCAGGGAAAACAGGAAACGCUGGUUGACCAUCGAACCUUUGCGACGUUUGUCAUUCUUCUCACUUUGAUGGGCGGGGCGGUCCAAGCGUCUUGGAUUAGCAAGCUCAGCACUGGUUACGAAGAUAAACUUCUGGAGAUCAACGAAGAGUCCUCACGGCUCCUGAAAGGGCGGAGGGAGAGCACCCAGAAGCAGAUGGGGUCGUCGGAUGCCAGAGUUCAGCACUUUCUUAUGCGAAGAGACCCAUCGGGGUGUGGUUUAAAGGAGGAGGAACAGCCGAUUUAUAAAGAGGUGCUACGUUUCCAAAAGAGUUCUGACUCGUCUGCAGAGGUCGAGGAUACUGGGAGCGAGACAGAACCCCGCAAUUGAUACCGAGCACAUGCAUAGCCAUGCAGGCGCUGUAAAUAUCACCGGUCCGACGGAAGCCUGGAGUUGCCGUGGCCGAGCUGGAAUUAUCAAUCGAUACUCAUGAUAACAUUCUCAGCAAGCAAACAUAGAAUCUUCCAACCGCUACUGUUCCAGCUGCUUAUCAAUCCACGUUAUCACGUGCGCCAGAUCCUCGGGGAAAUCCCACAUUCUCGGCCAG